GCCAUCGGUCCUCGUUCCGCGCACUUUUGCCUUGUCCGUUCGAACCCAUCUAUCUAUGUCUCGUGUUUGGAGGUUUGACGCUCAUGGACCACGAAGAAACUGCUCCAUGUCCUAUAUGCAAAGGGCCAGAUGAAGGGUUUCAGAUAUCGUGUGAUUCCUGCCUUAAAUGGUACCAUGGCAGGUGCGUGGGCCAACACAAGAAGAAAAACUCUAUUUGGCAUUGCCCUUUGUGCUGCGGAUAUUGGACGGGAGCACUCACAUUCCUGGAAGUGAGUGUGGAGUCGGAAGAAGUACUGUCGAUUGAGCACCUCCAUCCACCCAAGCAGCGUUGUCAGGUUCCUCGCAGUUUGUAAGCUCAAACGGCUCUCUUGACACUCAUGUCAUGGAUUCAAAUAGAAGGGGACCAGAGGAUUGUCCUCUGAUCAUUUUCACCAGAGGAUGGUCAUUAUUUUUCGUUAAGAUAUUCCUCUAUUCAGUUAUGCUUUGCGAUGAACACUUUUGUCCGAAAUGUGCUGUUUUCUCUCUGAUAAUUAUCUGAAUUCAUUUAAGUGACAUGUAAGACUGCUGAGAUUCGUAUCAAGUACUCGGCACAAAUCCUGCCUGAUAAUGUUGCUUGAGGAUCUUUGCUUUUAAAAUGUUACUUGUACCUGUGAGAUUUAUUAAAAUUAUUUCAUUUAAAAUUCCGGUUAUUCUAUUCAUGUACUUGUGAGAUUUAUUAAAAAUAUUUCAUAGCCCUUGAAA